CCCGAGAAAAUCUCCCCAGUAUAUCCAAAAUGCCCAUCUUCUCUUGUUGCAAAAAAGCAAUCUUCUGUUCCUCUCCAGGCGUUGUUGAUAGAGAAUGAAGGACUUGUGGCUUUACCAAAAGUGUUUCCAUAAGUUUUGCUUUUCCACCUCCAUCCCAUUUGGUCUGAUUGAUGAUGAAUUCUCUCACUGAUCAAUCAGGCAGCUCUCGUGGAGAUUCAACUCCCCGUAGUCCUUUCUCUCCAUCUACUGCUUAUGAAAGGCACAAAGCUCUCCCCGAUUCCAAAUUUCACCGUCCCCUGCAAAAUUCUUCACCAUUGGAUCCAUCAUCCCCUCGAUCAAUGCUCCAUGGAGGAAACAAGUUCCAAGAGGCUUUCCAAAUGAAACAGGGGAGAUUUGAUCUCCAAGCCGCAAAGAUUUCAGAAAUGAUGAAAUCAAACAAUUUAGAUAAUGCUCCCACACAGUCACUUCUAAGUAUCGUGAAUGGAAUUCUUGAUGAAAGUAUUGAGAAAAAGAAUGGUGAAAUGCCUCAGCGUGUAGUAUGUCUGCUGAGAAAAGUCGUGCUGGAAAUCGAGCGACGUAUUUCAACUCAAUCUGAGCAUCUAAGAACGCAAAACAGUGUGUUCAAAUCUCGUGAGGAGAAGUACCAGUCAAGGAUAAAAGUUCUUGAAACCUUAGCUUCAGGAACUAGUGAAGAAAAUGAGAUUGCUACGAGACAGCUUCGAAAGAUAAAGACAGAAAAGUCCAAGCUGGAAGAAAAGAAGAACAACAAAGAGGAGGAUAUGGUUAGGCUAGAGAAAGAAAAUGGUCAAUAUAAUCUUGAAAUUUCUACUUUAAGGAGAGAACUGGAGACAACCAAGAAAGCGUAUGAACAACAAUGCUUGCAAAUGGAAAGCCAGACAAAGGUCGCUACUGCAGGUAUUGAGGAUAGGGUGAAAGAGCUUGAACAAAUGAGAAAGGAUGCUAACAUUGCAAAAAUUUCCCUUGAGGAAAGGGUUAAUGAGCUUGAAGAGCUGGGGAAAAAGGCACUUGCUGCUAAAACGACCCUUGAGGAAAAGGUGAAGGACCUUGAACAAUUUAAAAAAGAGAGUAUUACUGUUACUACGAUCCUUGAAGCAAAAAAUCGAGAGCUUGAACAAUUCAAGAAAGAUACGUUAACUGUUACUACAAGCCUUGAAGCAAAAAAUCGAGAGCUUGAACAAUACAAGAAAGAGACAAUAACUGUUACUACAAGCCUUGAAACAAAAAAUCGAGAGCUGGAACAAUUUAAGAAAGAAACAUCAACUGUUAAUACAAGCCUUGAAGCAAAAAAUCGAGAGCUUGAACAAAAUCUGGUCCACUGGAAGAGUAAAGCCAAAGAAAUGGAAGAAAAAUCAGAGUUGAAGAAUCGGAGUUGGAGUCAGAAAGAACUUUCCUAUAGAAGCUUUAUCAGUUUCCAGUUCCAGACACUACAAGAGCUGAGGUUAUAUUCUAAGUCCAUCAAACAAGAAAUACUAAAAGUACAAGAUAAGUAUACGGCAGAAUUUAGUCAGUUAGGGAAGAAAUUGCUUGAACUUGGAGAUGCUGCAGCGAACUAUCACGAAGUCCUGACUGAAAACCAAAAGCUCUUCAAUGAACUUCAGGAGCUAAAAGGAAACAUUAGAGUGUAUUGUCGUGUGAGGCCUUUCUUGCGAGGGCAAGGUGCAUCAAACACUGUAGUAGAACAUAUUGGUGAGCAUGGGGAGUUGGUAGUUCUCAAUCCAACAAAACCUGGGAAAGAUGGUCAUCGCAAAUUUAGGUUCAAUAAGGUCUAUAGUCCAGCCUCUACUCAAGCUGAAGUAUUUUCAGAUAUAAAACCUCUUGUUCGAUCGGUUCUGGAUGGGUACAAUGUUUGUAUCUUUGCGUAUGGUCAGACAGGAUCAGGGAAAACUUACACAAUGACUGGCCCAGAUGGAGCCAGCGAAGAAGAGUGGGGAGUAAAUUAUCGUGCUCUCAAUGACCUCUUCAAAAUCUCUCAGUCCCGGAAAAGCAACAUAGCGUAUGAAGUCGGGGUUCAGAUGGUGGAGAUAUACAAUGAACAAGUGCGCGAUUUACUCUCCGGUGAAAGUUCUCAAAAGAAACUAGGGAUUCUUUCUACAACUCAAGAAAACGGUCUUGCUGUACCUGAUGCAAGCAUGUACCCUGUGACAUCCACCUCGGAUGUUCUUGAAUUAAUGAGCGUUGGGCUACAAAACAGAGCCGUUAGCUCCACUGCCUUGAACGAAAGAAGUAGCCGCUCUCACAGUAUUGUCACUGUUCAUGUACGUGGCAAGGACUUGAAGACCGGUUCUGCCUUGUAUGGAAAUCUACAUUUGGUAGAUCUGGCGGGUAGUGAGAGAGUUGAUCGCUCAGAAGUUACAGGAGACAGGCUUCGAGAAGCACAACAUAUAAACAAAUCACUCUCAUCUCUAGGAGAUGUGAUAUUCUCGCUUGCUUCAAAGAGUUCUCAUGUACCAUACAGGAACAGCAAACUAACUCAGCUUCUCCAGAGCUCUCUAGGUGGGAGAGCAAAGACACUGAUGUUCGUGCAACUGAAUCCUGAUGUUACUUCAUAUUCAGAGUCAAUGAGUACUUUGAAAUUCGCAGAGCGUGUCUCUGGAGUUGAGCUAGGUGCUGCAAAGAGCAGCAAAGAUGGUAGAGACGUUAGAGAGUUAAUGGAGCAGUUAGGGUCCCUUAAGGACACAAUAGCGAGAAAAGACGAUGAGAUAGAGCGGCUUCAAUUGCUUAAGGACAUUAAUUACCCACAGAGACUGCAGAGAAAUAGCUUAGGACAAUCCGAUGAGUUUAACUCAGAAGCAGGAGAUUCACAAUUGUCUACAGAAGAUGACUCAAGAUUCCAACAAGAUUAUCUCAGACAGUCGCGACACUCUGCCACGUAUGGAGAGACCUUAACUUCCUCCAUUGAUGCAGAGUACGACAAUGAAACAGAAGGAUCCAUUGAUGUUGCUUAUGCAGCAGAAGGGAGAAAACCAUUGAAGAUAUCAGACAAAACCAAGCCGGUGACUCCAAGGAGUAGUACGACAACAUCAAGACCACUUGAUAAACUCAAGCAAGUGGCUACGAGGGCGACGACCAUGGAAAAGGUCACGUCAGGUUUGUCUUCACCAAGUAAGAUGUCAUCACCAAGUAAGAUGUCUUCACCAAGUAAAAUGUCUUCACCAAGCAUGAAGAAGACGGGAAGUGUUUCUAAUUUGCUCAAGUCAUCGAAAGAUUCGAAACGGUGGUCGUAGAGAAAAACUUUUUUGUUCUUAUUUAGGCGGCUAAAUUUUUUAUUUUUUCAAAGGAAUUAAUUAAUUUUCUUAAUCCCUCUCUGAACCCAAUCAAAUGGUUUCAGUUGGGACUUAAUUUUGUACAUUUAUUUUGUUUUUUUUAUGAACACAUGUUGUUAAUAUACGAAUCGCAUACUCACGAAACCUUUUUUUUAGA